CUGUGGACACGUUCCGUGGAAUCGGCUUUCGAAUUCCAUCGAAUUGUCGAAGACAUUUAUCCGGAUGGUGUACGAUUGAUCCGUUUUGUGGUAUCCGAUUUUGUUGGUCGUUUCCUGACACCCAACUGGGGCGCAAAACUCAUUUCACUGGAUGAGGUAAGUGAGUUAACCGAAUUGCAAAAGAAACAGGUCGAGCUGAAUUCGGGCAUCGAUGGAUUCCGAAAACGUCGUCGUGAUGUAUCGCCAGGCGAAGAAACCGAAGUUCUGAAGCCGCCGAUUGCCGGAUCCGAAGCACCGGGCGUAGAAGAGCGGGAUUUGCGCCAUGAAAGAUUCCCGGAACGAUACGAAAAACUGGCAUCACUAGUGGAACGUGAAAGAAAUGAAAUUUAUGAGCUAACGCUGGAAAAUGCCACGAAAAAAGUCUCACCAAAUUCUGGAACCAUCGUUGUGUUCACAUCCACGAAAACUGAUGACGACAUUGCUCUGCUUGCCAAGCACAUCAGUGAAGUUAUUAGCAGCCGUAAUAAAAUGUUGAAAUCGCUGGACGGUGACAAAAAUUUUGCCCCAAUUGCGCUGGUACACGUUUUCUUCUUUAUCAUAUAUCCAGUUGUGGAAGGCAAUUUUCCUCUUCCAACACCUAAACCACUUACCAAGAUGAACGAUCAAGUUUUCUACAGUGUUGUAUGCGCUGAAGCUGGUGCAUCAUUACGACCCAUUUUGCAUCGUAUUAUCCUGUCAAUUUAUGAUCUUGCAUCAACAACCGUGACCAGCAUCCCAAUGAAAGAAGAAGCGCAACAGGGGCAAUCCAUAAAUUACGAUGUCGAGGUCUUUCAUCCACGUCGCAGUCACCAGAUAUUACGUGAGCUCGGCUUUAUCACUCCGGAAUCGAGAUUACGGGCUAUCGUUAGUCCGGGCGAUUAUGAAACCGUCAAACUCUCCUGGACAACACCGUCGGCAAAAAAUCGUUGGAAUUAUUUUCCGCGAUGUAUCUCAGCACUUCCGAUAACUCCAGCGAGCGUUAACAGUCGACCAUCUGUUUGCCUUACAUCGUUCCUUCUUGGUGGCCGAAAUGUUAUGCUUGAAGUUCGCCUUUUUUCGUUUUUUUUUUCUGAACUUCUCCAUUUUUCAGUGCUGAAGCAAAAUGUUCAUAUGCCAAAAGAAGUUGAGCCAAAUGUCUUGAACGCCUUCGGUAAUUUGCUUUCAGAUGCUUCAUCUUCAUCGUCCGGUGAAAAACCAAGUAAUGAACAAGCGCGGAAGCAGUUGCUACGGUUGACACGUUAUUGGCCAACGAAGUUGAAAGAUGCUUUCAUCUAUAAUAUACCAAAGGUUUUUAUUAAUUUCAUCACUUUUCUGGCUUUUUUUUUUCAGUUUCCGCGAUGUAUCUCAGCACUUCCGAUAACUCCAGCGAGCGUUAACAGCCGGCCAUCUGUUUGCCUUACAUCGUUUCUUCUUGGCGGCCGAAAUGUUAUGCUUGAGGUGCUGAAGCAAAAUGUUCAUAUGCCAAAAGAAGUGGAGCCAAAUGUCAGCCAGAACUUUUUUUUGAAUUUCGCCUCGUACCUGAUGUUUUUUUAUGGUUUGCCUCCAGAAUUUGCUUUUGAAACAGUACUUGACAGCUAUGUUCUUCUGGAAAAAUCGAUAAUGCUAAAACCAAGUGCACCACUUCGUACAGCUGAUUUUAUCACGUUGAUGAAAGAAUGCCGUGUCGUUGUUCCUACCGAAGAAGAAGAUGCUUCAUCUUCAUCGUCCAGUGAAAAACCAAGUAACGAACAAGCGCGGAAGCAGUUGCUACGGUUGACACGUUAUUGGCCAACGAAGUUGAAAGAUGCUUUCAUUUAUAAUAUACCAAAGAAAUUCGAUCCACUGCUAACACUGAUGCGACGCAGUGAGCUUUCAACAAAUGAUGUUAGUAAAUGUCGUGAAUGUAUUUCUGUCAUAAUGUCACACAAAGAUUCGAAAGAACCGCUUACAUCGCGAACAAUCAGCUGUGUCAAAUUUAAAAAUCCGCUUAAUCGUGAGGAGCAGUUCCGAGUGGCCUGUGAGGAGCUUUUGCUUCAUUUACGCAAUUAUGUGAACCAUUCAGAACGGCAUCUUGAAGUAUACAAUAUGUUUUUGCAGGUAUUUUAA